CGCCGCCCUCAGCCAAACACAUGAACUUUGUCACAUUUGAGUUUUUCCAGACAGUUUGAACUUUUCCCAGCCCGUCCUGCGGCUCCUCCACCAUGUCCGUGUGGCUCUCCGCUGCGGCCGGCCUGGCCAUCCUGGCCUUCGCAUACAUCCGGGCUUUCUGCCCGUACUUCAGCGAUGACUGCGCCUACAUGCUGCGGAGCCUCAAGCUGGGCAUCAGGGUCACCAAGUACAGGAAGUCCAAACCUUUCUACAGCAUCCUGGACUGCUUCUUGGACGCGGCGAAGAGGCAACCCACCAAGACCUUCAUCCUCUUCGAGGGCCGCUCGUUCAGCUACGGAGAGGCGGACCUGCAGAGCAACAAGGUGGCCCGGGCUCUGCAGGCUGAAGCCCGGCUGAAGGAGGGCGACACCGUGGCUCUGUUUCUGCCUAACGAGCCCAGCUUCGUGUGGACCUGGCUCGGUUUGGCCAAGCUGGGCUGCCCGGCGGCUCUGCUGAACUUCAACAUCAGAUCCAAGUCUCUGCUGCACUGCUUCUCCUGCUGCGGGGCCAAAGUGCUCAUUGCCGCUCCAGAGCUGCUGGAUGCGGUGGAGGAAGUUCUGCCGACGCUCCGGGAUCAGGGCAUCCGGGUGUUCCUCCUGUCGGACCGCUGCAGCGUUGAAGGAAUCACCGCUUUGUCUGACAAGAUCGCCGAAGCCUCCGACCGGCCGCUGCCUCCGGAGCUGCGGGCCAACAUCCACAUCCGCAGCACCGCGCUCUACAUCUACACGUCCGGCACCACCGGUUUGCCUAAAGCAGCUGUUGUCACCCAUGAGAGGGUGUGGGCCGCGUCCUUCGUCCAGGCAUCGAGUGGAACCACAGCAGACGACAUUUUCUACAUCAACCUGCCUCUGUACCACAGCGCCGGCUUCCUCAUCGGGAUGGCCGGAGGCAUCGAGAGAGGUCUCACUCUUGUUCUGAGGAAGAAGUUUUCAGCCUCUCAGUUCUGGGACGACUGCAGGAAGUACAACGUGACGGUGAUGCAGUACAUCGGCGAGACGCUGCGUUACCUCUGCAACAUGCCAAAGAAAGAAAACGAGAAGAACCACAAAGUUCGAAUCGCCAUCGGGAACGGAGUCCGAAGCGACGUGUGGAGCGAGUUCCUGAAUCGAUUCGGCGACAUUAAGGUCAGAGAGUUGUACGCCGCCACCGAGGGAAACAUCGGCUUCAUCAAUUACACGUCCAAGAUCGGAGCGGUGGGACGCAUCAACCUUCUGCACCGGCUUUUCUUUCCUUACACUUUGAUCAAGUUUGACAUCGAGAAGGAGGAGCCCGUCAGAAACUCGGAGGGUCUGUGCAUCAAAGCAGAAACCGGUGAAACUGGGCUUUUGGUUGGAAAAAUAACUUGGCGCUCUCCGUUUAUCGGCUACGCCGGCAACAAGCAGCAGACGGAGAAGAAGAGGCUUUACGACGUCCUGAAAAAAGGCGACCUGUACUUCAACACCGGCGACCUGCUUCGGUUCGACCACGAAAAGUUUGUUUAUUUUCAGGACCGAGUGGGCGACACGUUCAGGUGGAAAGGUGAAAACGUUGCCACAUCAGAGGUCGCAGACAUCCUCACUUUGGCUGCCUGCAUCUUAGAAGCAAAUGUUUAUGGUGUUAAAGUGGAAGGUCACGAGGGUCGGAUCGGCAUGGCAGCCGUCACUUUGAAAGAAGGAGAAACCUUCGACUCCGCAGCCGUCUACAAGCAAGUCGUCUCCUACCUGCCGGCCUACGCAAGACCCAGAUUCCUACGGGUUCAGCCGUCCCUGGAGAUGACGGGGACGUUCAAGAUGAAGAAGGUGAAACUGGUGGAGGACGGAUUCAACCCCGCGCUCAUCAGUGACCCGCUUUACUUCCUGGACCCGGACCAGAAGACGUACGUCCCUCUGACGGAGGAGAUCCACGGCGCCAUCGCUGCAGGAAAAAUGAAGCUCUAACAGAAACUUAACUCUGAAGUGAACUUUGUGUUUUAAUUGAAGACGUAACUUCUUCUCAUGCGUGGAGCGUAACGAUCGUCUAAUCUCAGGGAGGAACUUUGACGCAGCACUUCGGGUUUGAAGAGACUUUUUUAUUAAUGCGUUUGCAGCUUUAGAGUUUUUUUAAUUUUACCAUCCUGACUUCAAAUCAGUUUUUAAAUAAAUGGUGCCAAUAUAAAAAUA